AGAGCCAGACAUGCUUGCAGAGGUUCACUUGUUCUCCCAAGCACAAACACAGGGAGCCUGGCACCUUCUCCUUCCCCUGUCGCUCGUUGUCGCUGGUAUCAUGGCAGAUAAGACCCAUAUGACAACUAGAGAUCGCGCUCUGAAAGGAAGAGAGGAAAAAAUGGUCGUGGCAGAUAAACAUGCAGUCAAUGGGAACCCGACAGUGGAGCCCUUCCCAGAAGGCAUGGAGACCAUCAUGUUUGGUAUGGGCUGUUUCUGGGGAGCGGAGAAGCGUUUCUGGCAGAAGCCCGGGGUCUUCUCCACGCAGGUGGGCUACGCCGGCGGCUUCACCCCCAACCCCAACUAUGAGGAAGUCUGCACAGGUCUGACGGGUCACACUGAGGUGGUGAGGGUGGUCUUUUCUCCGAAAGACAUCAGCCUGGACGAGCUGCUCAGAGUCUUCUGGGAGAGCCACGAUCCUACCCAAGGUAUGAAGCAGCACCAAGACGUUGGUACUCAGUAUCGUUCAGCCAUCUACACGUCCGGCCCUGCUCAACAGGAGCUGGCACUGAAGAGCAAAGUGGUCUAUGAACAGGAGCUGGAUAAGAAAGGCUACGGUCCCAUCACCACGGAGAUCCAAGAGAUCAAGCAGUUUUACUACGCUGAAGACUCUCACCAGCAGUACCUGAAGAAGGUGCCCAAAGGCUACUGUGGCCUCAAAGGCACCGGGGUCUCUUGCCCCCUUGGAGCUGAGAAGGACGAGCUGUGAGAUGGGACGGGGGGAUCGGGAACGUUGAGGUGGAUGAGGAGAUUGUGGAAAAAAGCUCCUUUGAUGGCUCUAAUUUCAUUAAUCACAGUGCUUUAUCUUAAUAUCUGGGUUAAUAUCUGUAAGUAGAGGUGUGAAUCUUUGACUUAACAGAGAUUCAUCUUGAUUCAUGAUUCACUAGCUGGCAAUUCAUUUUAAGAGCUUUUUUUUUAAAAAAAAUAAUUCAACUAAAUUCAAGCAUGUAAGCUACUAUUCAUUUCAACAAUUUGAUUCAGCACUUUUAGUCAAAAGUUUUUAUCCACCAAAUGAACACAUGCAAUAAUGCAAGAAUAUCCUUUUUUCUUCCAAAAACAUACCAAACAGAAUUACUUCAGUAUUAUUCAUAAAAACAUUAACCAAGAAACACAGUAUUUUAUGAGAUUACCACAACAAUAGGUCUUUAAAAAAAAAAAAAAAAUAGAAAUAUAAGUAUUUGCUAAGUAUUUACAAGUAUUUGACUCAGGCUGAAG